GCGGCGCACGCGGGACGCGGCCGUGGAGACCAUGGAGCAGCCCCUGGAGCUCGAGAGCGAUGACGAUCUCACAGACAGCGAGGAGAGCGUUUACUCGGGGCUGGAGGACUCUGGCAGCGACAGCACCAACAGCAGCGCCGGGGAGGAGGAGGAUGAAGCCGAGCGGGAGGAGCCUGGCAGCAGGGCAGCCCCCGAGGUCAAAGGGGCUCCCAGGAAGAGCAAAGCCCUGGGGGCUGAUCCCCCUCCAAAGGAUGGCGAGGGUCUGAGCGUUCCGGAUGAGUACGUGGAGGACAGCUCGGAUGAGGAGGUAGGACCGCCUGCCAACUUGUGGAUGCAACAUAGGGCUGGUGGAUUUCUUGCUGCGUCGUCUUCCGUGCAAACCCAGAGGGAGGGACGUUGGGUCAAAGGACGCUGGGUGUGA